UAAAUUUUCAAAUUAAAUUGACAUAAAAAAAUAUGGCUAAAUUCAACAGAAAACUUCAAGUUACAGUAAGACCACAGAAGAGACCAAAUUUACCGAAAGCUGCCGUUAACAUAUUAACUAGAUGGCUAGAAGAAAAUUGCACCAACCCCUAUCCGUCCGAGUCAACGAAGAAAAUUUUGAUGGAAGUUACAAAUCUUACUAAAAAUCAAAUCUACAAUUGGUUCAUAAAUAGUCGUCGUAGAAUUCUUCCAAAUAUUUUAAAGGAAAAGGAUAUAGACAAAAGUCUAAUACUAUUGAAAAUUAAAAAGUUCACGUGUUUUACUCAUCAUAGUUUUGCUCAUCAUUUUGAAAAGAAAACUCAAUGUAAAACCACCAAAAAAUUGCUCGAAUCAGAAACUAUUAUUGACGAAGAUUACAAUUUACAAUUGCUCGCAGAAGUGGCUACCAAAUUGCCACGAAUAACAUGUACAUCAUAA